UAGUUGUCCAAUAUUGAAAUACUGGACUGUAGUUAACCCACUGAAAAAAAUAACAGCAAUAGUGUAGUCUUCAAUCAACGUAAACAUGUAUUUACUGAAUACAUAUUUUCAACAAAUUAAUACAAAUUUUAGCUAAAAUAUGGCCGUGACAAUCUAUAGAUAGAAAAUAAGUUUGAAAAUGUACAUAGUUUAAUUGUUUCUGUUCUUCACGUUGUAAUGGAAGUAGGCGGUUGCUGUUAGAUAGUUUGAAUUCAAGAAUAAAUUAAAGAAUUAAAGGCAACGUUAAGUAAUAAAGUAUUUGUCCAUUUCAAUUCUUAUUUUAUAGUUCCUGCGAUCAAACAUUGAGAGAGAUAAUGUCAAAACUUGAGACACAAGAGGAAAAACUGCAGAAGUUUGAGACCACGGUGUCAUUACACAGUCUAGCACUGAAGGAGAGAGAACAGCGCAUAGCCAAACUUCAAACGUUGGUAUCUCGCCACCAAGAGGCUCUGUUGGAGCGGAACCAGCGCAUAACCGAAUUACAGUCGACGGUGUCUAGGCACGACGCAUUGUUGUCAAAGACAGCUCAUCAGGUAUCUGAACUAAAGGAGAUUGUAUCAGAACGUGAUGUUAUUCUUUCAGAUAGAGACCAGCGUAUAGUCGAACUCCAGAAAACGGUGUCAAAUCACAAGGAGCGCUGUCAAAAGCAGGUUUACGCAUAGCGCAGCUAGAAAAGACGGUGUCAGAAUAUGACGAAAACCCCACAAGAGGCAAACGUAAACAGCUGGAUACACCGGAUGCAGAAUACAAUGGGGAAAUAGUAGACAGAAGUCAGCGCAUAACCCAAAUGAAAGACAGUGGCAGUACAUUUAAUGUUUCACUACGGAAACUGGAAUCAGUCAAUUCUCCUCAGAUGACUGAAAAUAACAUCAAUCGUAAGACUGUAGUAAAUGAUGAUGAUGAUGAUGAUGAUGAUGAUGAUGAUGAUGCAAAUACACGACGGGAAUAUAAACCGGUAAAAUCUAAAAAAAUCAGUUCGCAAACUGGAGUGAUGGGGAAAGUUAAAACAGAGCACAAGCUUUCAGCUAGGGUAAGCCCAGUGGUGCCAUCUGGUGUCGCCUUCUAUGUUUCAUUGAGUGCACCACAGACAAGCCUACACGUAAAUGAAGCGAUCGUAUUUGACAACGUCAUGACGAACGUCGGUGACGGUUAUAACCACCGAGACGGUAUCUUCACUGUCCCAGAGAGUGGGGUGUACGUAUUUACCUGGACUACGGCUUCCCAUUUUCACCAAAAUAUCGGCACAACGAUACAAAUAAAUGGGGAUAUUGCGGGGACCAUAGGCUCAUACGGAGCCAGCAUUAGCAACUAUCAGUCUGCCACUGGAGUCAUAGUCAAAUCCGUCACUGUCGGUGACCAUGUUUAUAUAAAGAAUAAAUUUGCUGGAACCAUUGUAUCAGACAACGAUGCUAAAUCGACUUUUUCAGGAUGGCGUCUGUUUUAAUAAA